AAAAGGAUGUUCUAGUUUUGCUCAUAUUUAAGGAAUGCACGUUAGCAAGCAGUGCAGUAUGGAGAACAUGAAAUGCAAACCAGCUUGGCCACUUGAACCGUGGUGUCUUCCGGGGACCCAAUCAGUGAAGGCCCUGCAGUCAGAGGUGGCUGGCCCGGUUUGACAAGGCGCAGCUCUUGCCUCCACCCUCUGCUAAAGAUAUGCGCUGAGGGAAUUCAGUCUACAUUUUCAAAGGAUUCAACUUGUAGUCAACAAUUGGCUGCAGUGGCUAAUUGUCAUUCAAUGGAAUUUCCUAAGGAAGAUAGUCAAGAGGACGCACCAGAGUGCCCGGUGUGUUAUGAGUGUCUCUCGGGCACAGAGAGGACUCUGAGCUGCGGACAUGUGUUCUGUCACGACUGCCUGGUCAAAACGCUGGUCAGCAUCAAUGGCGAUGGAAAUAUCAGAGACACUAUUGUUUGCCCUAUCUGCCGACAUCUUACAUUCAUCAAGAAACAAAAGGAAGCGCUUGUGUCCCUUACGAUGGACAAGGAUUCAGGUGGAGGGCAGACCCUGGAGGUGCCCCUGCCUCCAUCACCGAGACACAUCCAGAGCGCACGGCGCAGCUCCAGUUUGCCGGUAGAACUUAAUUGGAUAUAUCGCUGCUUCAGGGAAAUGUCUGAACGAAUCCGCCGACAGAGGUUGAUCUGCCCCAGCCAUAAAGCAUCUCAAAUAUUUGUCAUAAGCGCUCAAGGGCGACCCAUGGCAGAAGACGAUGCGCUUAGUGUUGUGAUGACUGUGGUUCCACCGCAGCGCAGGCAGAGGCGAAGGCGCAGGAUUUGCACCACUGCAAGAUGCCUUAUCGUUCUGCUCUCAGCUUUUACUAUACUGGCACUAGUGGCUGCAACGCUACCCUGGAUUUUGUUGGCAUAGUACCGUGAUGUGGGUGUAUGGAUUAUGAUGUGCCAAUAGGGGAUGAUACAUUGACAAUUAUAGCGAAUAUAUUCUUAUCCAUGGAAUUAAGUUUAUGGUUGCUAAGCAAUGAAAUGUGUGAAUAAAUGUGUUUUGUCU